AUGGAUGCGUACCUGAAGAAGAAGAUUGCCGUGGUGACACAAGAUGGCCACUUUAUUGUGGGCACGCUGCGCGGCUUUGACCAGGCAACCAACCUCAUUCUCACAGACUCUUCCGAGCGAGUAGGCAAUUGGUUGGUGAACUGGAUGUGGAGCAUGAGGACAGCAUCGAUCUCGAAUCUGUGCAAGCGGAAGCUGUACCUCCGGUCGUCUAUUGAUGGCACGCUGCGCGGCUUUGACCAGGCAACCAACCUCAUUCUCACAGACUCUUCCGAGCGAGUAGUAUCGCUGCACGAAGGGGUGGAAGUCGUGCCACUUGGCCUGUACAUCAUCAGAGGAGACAAUGUUCUGCAUUGA